CCGGUGACGACCGGAAGAAGUAGUUUGCUAUUUGUACGUGUACUAGCUACUAUUGACCGCCGCAGUCUCCCGGUUAAUACAGAAGCGAGCAGCGGAGUCGCGCUUCCUUCUGUUUUGGUUUGUGCCCGGCUAGCUAACAUAGCACCGUGUUAGCUAGCAUAUUCACACGAACACAACUAACUUAGCGUUCAACAGCAUUGCCGGUUUUAGGGAUGUUGGCAGUUGCCGUCAUAUUGCGUUAAACGGAGGCGCUGCCAUGACGUAGAAGCUCCCGUUACUCAGACACACAGAAGAUGAGACGCUGCGGCCUUGUACCACACCAUGAGUGUCCAGAGUCUGGGAGGAGCCAUAGGGGAUUCCCUGGGCUCUAGCCUGACGGUGCGUAUGAGCGGAGCAGGCGGAGGGUGGAGUGCUCUCUCUCUGAAAUCCUCUGGGCGGAUCGCCUCUCUAUCCCAGACCAUGGUUCCUACCGGUUACACCAAGCUGCAGGAGGAGCGGCUGGCCAUGGUAGACCUCGGAGCCAAACCUGAGGCCGCCUCGCUCCAGAACGGCUACAGACAGGAGACGUCGCUCGUUGAAAGCCGACGGCUCCUGGACCGGGCCUCUCGCUCCUCUGUAACUUUAUCCGACUGUGGAGAUGGAGGCUACUCCGAAACAGAGCCCAUUCUGGCUGAGAGGAGGCUCUCCGCGGAGGAGGCAGAUGAGGAGAAGGAGGAGGAGGAGGAGGAAGUCGAUGAGGAGGAAGGGCCCGGAUCGGCUGUGCAGAACAUGCCCAAGGAGUCACUGCUGGCCAUGGCACUGCAGAUCUUGCUGCCUUUCUUGCUGGCUGGAUUUGGAACUGUAUCAGCUGGAAUGGUGCUGGAUAUUGUGCAGCACUGGGAGGCGUUCCAGUACAUCACGGAGAUCUUCAUUCUGGUACCUGCUCUGCUCGGCCUCAAGGGAAACCUGGAGAUGACUCUUGCCUCAAGGCUGUCCACAGCGGUGAAUGUGGGCAAGAUGGAUUCUCCCAUAGAAAAGUGGAAUCUAAUCAUCGGCAACCUGGCACUGAAGCAGGUUCAGGCCACGGUGGUGGGCUUCCUGGCCGCCGUAGCAGCCGUGGUCCUCGGCUGGAUCCCAGAAGGGAAGUUCCAGAUGAGCCACGCGGUGCUGCUCUGCUCCAGCAGCGUGGCCACGGCCUUUAUAGCCUCCAUGCUGCAGGGUUUCAUUAUGGUGGGUGUAAUCGUGGGUUCGAAGAAGACGGGCAUCAACCCAGACAAUGUAGCCACACCCAUCGCCGCCAGUUUUGGUGACCUCAUAACCCUGGCGAUCCUGGCCUGGAUAAGCCAGGGCCUCUACAAAUGUCUGGAUACCUACCCGUAUGUGUCGUCACUGGUCUGCGCCUUCUUCAUGUGUCUGAAUCCUCUGUGGAUCGUCAUCUCCUCCAAGCACCCAGCCAGCCGCACCCUGCUCUACUCCGGAUGGGAGCCGGUCAUCACUGCCAUGGUCAUCAGCAGCAUCGGAGGGCUCAUCCUGGACAAAACGGUGUCUGACCCAAAUCUGGCCGGCAUCGUGGUGUACACGCCGGUUAUCAACGGCAUCGGGGGUAACCUGGUGGCUAUUCAGGCCAGCCGGUUCUCCACUCACCUGCAUUUCCACUGCGCUCCUGGGGAGGUUCCCGACGAGGCCAAGGGCUGCUACUACCCCUGCCGAACAUUCUGGGGUAAAGGAGCCAAUCAUCGCUCUGCUCAGGUGCUUCUACUUUUGGUGAUCCCCGGUCACCUGAUCUUCCUCUACACCAUCCACCUGAUGAAGAGUGGACACACCACCCUGACCCCCAUCUUCAUGUCCGUCUACCUGGCUGCUGCCAUGCUGCAGGUGUUUCUGCUGCUGUGCAUAGCAGACUGGAUGGUGCACUCCAUGUGGCGGAGCGGCAAAGAUCCCGACAGCUUCUCCAUCCCUUACCUGACGGCUCUGGGCGACCUGCUGGGCACCGCCCUGCUGGCGCUCAGCUUCCACUUCCUGUGGGUCAUAGGAGACCAGGACAGCGAUGUGGGCGACUGACAACACGGCAUCGGCGGCGGUGGAAAGCCCCCCGCCUCUUCCACCCGACUUCUCACUCCCUUAAGCCUUGUGGGAGCGUGGGUGCCCUGUGUCGCUGGCCAGCACAUUCCUCUGCUUCACUUCACUGAAACCACACGAGGUUUUUGGGAACUUCUUUCUGCUCUUGUUUAUUUUUUAUUAUUUUUAUUUUUUAUAAAAUACAUCAUAUUCCAUAAGUUUAGACUGUUCUCAGCACAUAUUUUGAUCUGCAUAGUUUGCAUCACAGCACUUGCAUAUUUGAUUGCUGGUGUUGCUGAGAGGAGCAGGGAACCUGGUGGUGCUCCAUGGACAUAUCUCUCUUGUUGGUGUAUAUUUUGGCCUUUACCACCGUGUCAUAAACUUCAUUACCUGCCUUGUGUGUUGCGGCUCUGCAACACCAAGUCAGUGGAGGGACACAGAGCCGACGCCGGUGGAGGUUUAUCCGGGAUCAACUGAACAACCACUUUGAACUGCCAUGUUAGCAGGUCUACCAGCUAACCCCCGGGGGAGGGGGGGGAGAAGUUGUUGUGCGUCUGUUUUGUCCCUGUAUCCAAAUGUGCUCUUUCCAUACAGAACAGUUCCAAUUUUCCCUUUUUUGGGGUGUAUUUUAGUCCCUCACUGUUCUCUGCCAGGCUAAAUUAAUUCCAGUCUAAUUCUAUAGCUCUGAAUUUAAAUGAUUUCUUCUGCAAUGAAUGAUGCUAACAUAAGAAUAUGGACAGGAUUACAAAAAGGCUCAAAAUGAAAUGAAUGGAUAAUGUUAAAGCUCUUGUAGUUCAACACUUCUUGGUACCCAGCCGUUGGGAAUUGACCCUUCACUAAACCCCUUGUCCAAUCAUUGCUUGGCAAACGUAACCGGGCGUGUCAGGUCUGUACAGCCAGCUUUGGGGUUUAUGUGUGCACGUGGUGUGCACGGUGUGCACGUGGUGUGCACGGUGUGCACGUGGUGUGCACGUGGUGCAACAUUGUUUUUAUCUGCUCUAACUAGCUUACUACAUAAAGUCAUAACUCAGUCUGCGUUUGUCUAACCUACAGCUGUACAUUGCUCUGUGGGGUGACGGGUAACAUUAAAAAAGCCCCGUUCACGACUACCACAUCCACCUUUUGUAGUUGCUAUUCAUGUGAUUUGAUUAAGUUUAGUCCAGAAGCCCCAGCAACGUCCCCAGAGAUACGUUCUGUUGGCUAAACACGUCGCUCAGUGGUCAACCGUAACGGUAAUGAACAUGAAACUGAUCUUUAUCAUACAAACCAACUAGCUCAACACUGCAAUACAAUGACAAUGUAUUGAUGUAUUUACUGUUGGUGUCUUUUCUAAUUCCUGUGUUGGUGACACGGGAAUUAUUUUGGAGAGACAAGGGGUCAUAAGCGCGUCAGUCUUUAGCUUCAAGUCUCCGGCUUCCAGUGAAACUGACCUGGGACCUGUAGCUUUGUGGCUCGUCAUGCAAACACAGCAUCAGCCUCCGUAUUCUAUCAUAGUAUCGAGUACAUAGCCAUCAUUUCAUCAGCUAGCUAAGACCAACUCGUGAAUUUAACGUUAGCUAAAUUAGCUCCUUGAAAAUCAGCAACAGGAAGUAAGAGGAGGCGGGCUUAGUGAAUGGUCAAUUAUUGCUGGAGGUCAACCAAUCCACAGAUGAACUCACUUUGUGUGUACCGUUCCAUCUUUCCAGCCUCCUGAUGUUAUGUCAAUAUCAAACAAACCAUGACAUCUUCUCUAUGUGAUGAUCCCAUCAUUCAUGUCCUUCCUUUGUCUCUUACCCUCUGCUGUGCACACCGACGGCAGGAGAGAAAACAUUCCACGCCGGAUGUUCGCACGCUAAUCAAUGCAAUAAUGUGUGCAUAGAAUCUCAACUGAUCAGCUGUUUUCAUGUCGGCGUGGGAUGGUUUCCUUCUCAUUUCAACACGACCGGACUAAACACAGAUUCAUGUGUUUCAAAAGGUCCAGAUGAAGCCGCCCGAUUAUUCAAUGUGUCUCUGACUCCCGAGAAAUGAUAUCCGUCUGGCUUAAAAAUGACCUCCCUAAAUCCAACUUCCUCCUUAAUCUCAGCAGCAUAUAGUGUGCACGUGAACGUUCUGAUCAACUCCAAUGUGCCUCUUGAGAUUCACUGGUUAUCAAGGUAUUUCUCUCCGUCACACCAUUAAUGCAAUUUUCUUUCUACAGCAUUGUAAUACUGUGCAAUGAGUUUUGUACUUUUAGUUGGACGACGACGACGACUAUUAUAUUAUUGAGGCGUUUCGUCACGAAAACUGCUGGCAUGAAACUAUUAGACGAGAUCAUAAGUUGUCAUAUUUGCUAUGAAACCCUUUAUUUGCAUUCGUGGCUCAUGUGCCAAAACUGUCUCAAUAAAUGUCCUUCUGAUG